AUGGCUGGGCCUGGAAUUCGAAUCCCGUUGCCCGGGGGUGUUCCAGAAGGGCCUGAUGAGGACCUUGAUGGUAGUCCACAGAAACGCCCCAAGGGGGCGGACACAAAUGUGGCUGGGCAACCGGAGCUGACUAUGCAAUCGAUCAAGGACCUUCUUGCAGGGGCACUUCGCGAGCAGUCGCACAGCCUGUUGCAGGCUCAGCAGAUGCAGAUCACCACCAGCUUGCAGGCCUUCGAAGAGAGGCAGGGCGGACGCCUGGACAAGCUGGAGGAGCAUGUGAUGUCGCAGUCGACCAAAGUGGACGACCUGGAGACAAGGAUGCGUGAAAUGUCGGAUCGGCUGGCAAAGGUGGAGGCGAGACCUGGGUCUACUGGCUCCGGCGGGCCCGAUCGGCGGAACACACUCGUGUUCGGCGGCUGGUCGCCGAACACCAGACGGGGCACCUUGCUGGAGCAGCUCAGACAGGCUAUUCACAGCUUGGGGGUGGCCGGGCUUAUGGAUGCUGAACCGUUCUGCACAGGGGCGCGCAGGUCGGUAGCGCUUUGUGUGUUCAAACGGCGGCCUUCAGAGGGUGACGAUGAACCGCGCUCCCGCAUGCUACGGAUCAUGCAGGUUGUGAACGCUGGACAGGUCCAGAUUGAGGGGGCGGUCAAACCCUUGUGGGCAAGCUUCAGCAAGUCGCCGGAGGAACGCGGUCGUGCCGCGGUCGCCGCGGUGGUGCGCAAGAUCGUGCUGAAGUUUGCGCCGCAGCGCAUCCAAGACUUGGACGUGGAAUACACGUCCGGUCGCACCUGGAUCAGGGACGAUCAGCUCAGUGGCCUUGGAGACCCAGUUCCUGAGGUGCGUCGGUCCCGUGUUGUCACAACCAAGGCCGGACCUGGAUGGAUCGAUGAAGCCACACUGUCCAAGUGGGUUGAGGUGGACCUGGCUGAACAGCCUCAGCAGUCCCAUGCACAGAACUCCCUCGGUGACUUUGGGAAGCUGCUCUCCGUGUGGGGUUGGAACGUCGGGGGAGCAGAGCUCUCGGUACUGCCCAAGGCAGUCCGUUCGUCAGCCGAGCGCCCGCUCCAAAAAGAUGACCUGCUUCUACUGCAGGAGGUCCCGAGAGAAAGGCAAGGCUGGAACCAUCAGGAGCUUGCAGGCCGUAGGGUGAUUUCCCACCGUGCAGAACAUCAGUGGAGAGGAACAGGGCUAUGGUAUGAUGCAGGGUCUUGGUGUGUUCUACGAAGGCUUUGCACAGGUCGAGGUACAUGGUUCAAAGUUCGUCAUCUCUGUCAGCCACUGGAGCUUUGGGUGGGCACGGCGCACUUCUCCCCGGGAGUCUCAGUGGCUUCGUAUGAGGAUGAGGUUCACGAAUUUUUCGGGGCCCUGCCCAGGAGCGCACACAAAGUGGUGUUUCAGGGGGACGUGAACUGCGCCUUCGGGUGGACCGCCAAUCACGACGGGGUAGGUGAGAUUGCCAAAGAGGGGAAGAGCCACAUUGUUCACCAGGCCUUUGUGGAGCGCGGGCUAGCAAUGAUUCCUCCUUCGGCGGAGCAGUUGAACACCCCAACAAGUCGCCCUAGACAGCAGGACAGACAGGGUCAGUGCAUUGAUGUUAUGGUGUCCAGUCACAUGCAUGCUGCAGGAUGGCACAUACACGAGGGUUCGUACCUACAUAUUGGGACAGACCAUGAACUUUGUGAGGGACGUUUCUUCUUUGAGCGCCAGCGAGAGUAUGCCAGGCAUGAGACCAGACCCCGCCACUACACAGGAGGCCUCCAGAUUGUCGAAGGGUUGGACCAGGACAUAAUGGAGGGGUUCGCUCGUCAGUACACCAAGCCCAUCCCGGGUCGAGGUUACAGGGAUUCUCCGGAAAUUCGCAAAGCCUUUCGAGAUGCCAAGCGGUCAGGGUCUGCAGUGCAGUGGAAGCGGGCACUCAAGCUUCGUCGUGAAUCUCGCAGGCAGUGGGAAUGGAAUCGGCUUGUUCGGGCGAGUGAGGGCGAGUGGCACAGUUUUCGGGCCUUGAAGCCGCGGCGACAUGCUGGAUGGGACAUAGGGUUUGCGGAGGCUCAGACGGGGGACCCACAUCAAGCCGUACAUGCUCAUCUCUCGGAAGUGUACAAAGGGCCCCCAGCACCUGCACCGGCGGAGGCGUGGCGUGGGGAAGUCAGGGCGUUCAGCAUGGAGGAGUUGAAGCUUGGGGUGCAGCAAAUGAAGAGGGGGAAAGCGGUCGGUGCUGAUCUGACGUCCACGGAGCUUAUCCUAGGGAUCAUGGAGGUCCAAGGGGGAGCCGAGCACCUACUUGAGUGGUACAACAGGAUUUUGGUUACGGGGGUUAUUCCACAGAAAUGGAAUGAGCCGGUGUUGGUCAUGCUCCCCAAGAUCCAAAUGCCGAAGAAAGCGAAAGAUUUACGGCCUAUCGCUAUGGGGUCCUCAGUUUCGAAACUCUUCAGCAGACUAUUGCUCAAUCGUGCUCUACCUGCCAUCAGCCCUCAGACCUAUGCUCAGUGUUCGGGUCCAGGCCGACAGACCUCAGAUUUCCUAUAUACUAUUAUGCGCCUCUUUGACCUCACCCGUGAAUGGGGGAACACUUUGGCAGUUUUCAAACUCGAUCUUGAAAAAGCGUUUGACAGUUUGGAUAGAAGUGUCCUCCUCGACAAGCUUGAGGCCAAAUUGGGGCAGGGCCUUCUACAGACUCCAUGGGGAUGCUCUCGCAUUGAGAUGAACCGCGGCAUUAAACAGGGAGCAGUCGAAUCGCCAACUUUCUUCGCUUAUGUAGCAGAACUUGCGCUGGUUGAAGCCCUGGAGCUGCAUGGUUGGCGCAAUCUGACGCCCCUUUUCCCAGAUCUCCCACCGGAAGAAAUGCAGUACAUGGACGACGGCAUGCUCUGGAACGGUAACCUGCGCACGGUGGAAGCCAGGGCGCAGCAACUCUCUGUGUCCUUUGCUAGGUACGGCCUGCGCAUGAACCCCGCCAAAUGCCAAUUGUAUGUGACCCCCAACAUGCCGGGCGAACACUGCAUUCUCCUGAAUGGGAUCAAGGUCACUGCGUCCCCCCAGCUUGAGGUGAUGGGUAUCUCAAUGAGGGUUGGUAUGUCCACCUACGAGUUGGUUGCACCGGCUUCUACCAGGGCCAGGGCAAAAUUCUGGGAGCUCAAGCACAUCUUCAGGGCUAAGGGAUACAUGAAGCAUCGUGCCACGGUUCUCCAGAGGGUUGUGGGAGCGACAGCGUUGUGGUUCAUUUGCUGUGUUCCACCAGACAAAGCUACCAUGACGGCCUUGAAUGCCACACAGCUCCAACUCAUGAUCUGGCUGUUGAGGUUCGCCAAGACAAGGCAUGAGAGUUGGGAGGACUUCCGCAAGAGGGCUUUCCGCGGGGCUCGGUCGGCAUUGCAUGCUGCAGGGUUGGAGCGGUGGAGCACCUUGUGGCUCCGUCGCUAUUGGCAAUAUGCUGGUCAUCGGGUCAGGGCGUCCUUGUCACCAGUUCCACCUAUCAGUUCGGAGUUUGAGCAUUUUCGUACCCACCCAUGGUGGCUCCACCAACAAACCCGUCCUCGAGGGCUGCAGGUACGGCACAAGGGGCACCACUAUGCUAGGCUAACGGUCUUGGAGAAAAACAUGGACGCAGUAGCCGGUCAUCCAUGGCGAGUUCUGGCGCACAACCGCGGGGCAUGGAAGGGCAGGGAGAACGCAUGGGUUGCGCAUAUGGAUGUUCCUUGGUCCUCGGGGCGGCAACUUGCGAUCGGAGACCAGUAG